UUCACACUCUGGCGCACAACGCUGACAGAUGUACGGAUCGACGUACUGUAUUUAAUAACUUUCGUAUGUGGCUUGCAUUAAUGUGCCAAAAAUGAAAGGCAGAAUAUUGAUAUAUUCGAUUGUCGGGUGUCCUCAUUGUAUGCGUGCUAAAUCGACACUACAUGAGUUGAAUUUGACGUACGUUGAUGUGAGUAUUGAUAACUACCCCGAUUCAGUACGGGAAGAAGUGAAAGAGCGGACCGGAAAAACGUCUGUGCCGCAAAUCUUCUUCAAUGCCAAGCACAUCGGUGGCAAUGCAGAACUCCAGGAACUGGUGAAAGAUAAAACCCAGCUUGAUACUUUAAUUGACGAUGUAACAAACAACGAGGUUCCACCAGAUGCACCACAACUGCCUGAUCCAAGUUUAAUGAAAAACCCUGAAAUUGGUAAUUUAGAUUUCACCUGUGAAUUAGAUGAGUAUGCCUUGUUAGUACGUGAUUUAAAAGCAAGUGGAUUGAUUAAAGACCAUAGAUCUGGACUGAGAGUACACAAACAAUCAUUUAUUGGUAAAGAGUUUGUAGAUUGGAUGGUUCAAACAAAACGAGUAGAUAGAGCAAAGGGGGUUGAGAUGGGUCAGAAUUUAUUGGAACAUCAUUUUGGGCACCAUGUUAAAGACUCAGUCAAUGAAUUUCGUGAUGACAAUACUCACUAUCGAUUAAUGGAGGAUGAUGAAUCCUCUGCUCUAAAUGCUGGGUUAUCUUCAGAAUGUGAACCCAGACCAGCUACGGAAUUAAGUGAAUACCUGAGGCGUCUUAUUCUUGCGAUUUACUCUGACUUCCUCUCAUCAGAUGGCAAGAGUGUUGACUAUAAAGGCAUUGCGGAGAGUAAGAAAUUCAACUUAUAUGUGAAAACAACAGCAGAGCUUAUCAGACUAGAUAUGAAUAGUCUGAAAAGAGAAGAGAAGCUGGCAUUCUUUAUUAAUAUCUAUAAUGCAUUGGUUAUACACGCUAAUGUAAAAGUGGGACCACCAGUAAACCUUUGGCAGAGAUACAAGUUUUUCAAUGUUGUGAGUUACAUCAUUGGUGGCCAUGUUUACUCCCUACAAGAUAUGGAGAAUGGUGUCUUAAGAUCUAACAGGAAAGGUGUUGGUAUGUUAACUAAACCAUUUGGUGCUAAAGAUCCUCGUUUACAAGUAGCACUGGAGAAACAUGAACCUGGCAUACAUUUUGCAUUGGUUUGUGGGGCUAAGAGUUGUCCUCCUAUCAAGACAUACUCUGCUGAUGAUAUUGAUAACCAACUGAAAGCUGCUGGAGAAGCAUUCUUAGAAAGUUCUGAUGGAUGUGAUGUUGACAUGAGUCGUAAAGAAAUCAGACUCAGUAAAAUAUUUAAAUGGUACAAAGAAGAUUUUGGUAACACUAAGCAAGAGUUGGUGCAAUGGAUACAUGAGCACAUGAAUGAUGGUGACAAGAAGAAACAAAUUAGAGAACUGAUUGCUGAUAGAAACUAUAAAAUAUCAUAUAUGCCAUAUGACUGGGGUGUUAAUUCAAAAUGA